CUUGUUUUUCUUUUUUAUAUGUGUUAUAUCUCUGCAAGCGCAACAAUUUAUACCUUGAAGCACGUUACACAGGUAUGAAGUCAAACUCUCGCAACCAUUGUCUGCAAAUAAAUAGGAUUAAUAAACAGGUACCUCAUACCUCUGUUUUGCUUUUAGUUUGCACAAACUUGCGGUAGCAUUGUUCGCCCCCGUUGAUCAUAAAUCAAAGGUUCUAUUUUCUUUAUACGAGACUGAGGCCUGCAAAUGUCGGUAAGAAUCAACAUCACGGUCAAAGGAAAUUAAGUGCACCGUUUAGGAGAAACAAGGAGGUGUAUUAUUCGUUGGUAGAAACGCUAUAAAACUUGAUUGACCUUUGUUGCCGCGUUGCCAUUGUCCACGGUUUGACCAAUAGGGCACCCUUGAGCCAGAAGAGUCACAGUUGACCUGAGAAGAACGCAUUAAGUUCUGGACCAAUCACAGCUCACCCAAAAAAAUCCCUGGCGUAGUGAAGUGAGUUGUUUUUCUUGACUCAUUUUUGCUGUAACACGUACAACCUUGAAAACAUAAUUGAAGGAAAGAGAGACAGACAAUGUCGUGAGGCAGAGGGUGUGGUGUAUAGGCCCUACCGAUUAGAUUCUGCACUGACAAGAAGCAAAGACGCAGAAAGAGCAUGACCACGUUCACGGGAUUUCGUAAUGCGCCCGGGCCCAGCCUUUACCCGUCUACUCCGUCUGCGGUCACAGAAGACGUCACCCUGGGGGCGGUGAUCACGUUGGUCGUAAUCGUCGCAAUCGCUUACCUGUGUGUCUUAGUGGGAAUACCUGCCAGUGAGCGAUUAAAUAGUCUUCUCCGGUAUCUUGUGGCAGCCACGAUCAGUGCCUCCAUCUUAGUGUCGCUGUACGGGCAUGGUUGGUAUACAGCCGGUAUUAACACCAGCGCCGAGUACAAGCCAACCAGCGCCGACAAAGUUUCUGUCAGUAUUGGAAUGCACGUUGGGUUAAAAGAAGUAAAUGUUACGAUGAAAGGAAUCCCGGAAGAACAACUGAACGAAACUAUCAAUUACAACGAAGUUUUCAAAAUGACUGGAGUUUCUUCCUUGAAGAAAGAUUUUAAGCAGGGUUUAAGAGUUGGCCUGCCGCUGCCCGUCCUCUAUAUUGCCGAAUACCUCGCCACAGAUGCUGGAAACGCAAGAUGGGGGAGAAAUUUCCGAAUGGCUGGGCACUAUUGCUAUAUUUUCAUGUGGGCGGCUUUCGCGGUGUGGAUGCUGUCUUGCGUCCUAUACUUCAUGUCGGUGCGGCGAGGAGCGCAGGCCACCCUAAUCACCGCUGGCUGCUUGCUGAUGGCUAACGUGGUGUACGCAGCGGUCACCUGGAACCAGCUGGCCAUUCCUUUCAGCAAUGGGAAGAUGCCGGUGGUUCUGGGCUGGUGUUACUGGCUGGCUCUGGCGACAGGAGUGACGUGUUUUAUCUUUGGAGUGGCGAUUCUCAUAGUGGAACGAAUAAGCGCAGACAAAAACGCCACAUUCUUCGCUCUCCAAGCACCAGAGCAGGAAGAGGAAGACGAGCAAGUGGAAAAAGAACAAGGAGAAGACGAUGAAAAUAUUGAAUGUGUAAAACUUUGACUACAUAUAGGCCAGUGCUUGCGCCUACGAUCUGAUCUCUAACGAAAUUGGCGGUCUAUAAAAGCUCUGUGUGAUGUUUAGAAACUAGCUUCUUAAAUUUACUGUAAUUAAACAGUAAAAUUUAGGGGACAAUUGUUCACAAAGUCACAGUUACCAGGUAGGCUACUAAUUGAAAAUAUACUUUUAAACAUUAUUAAUAGAUUUGAUAAUUGAAAUUUCCCUUCAAGUCUCGUGGCCCGUUUCAAGUUUGAAAACGACCCAAGAAGACCAUUUAAGUUUCAUAAUAAUGACUUUAUAGUAUGAUCAGAAGUGCUGUAACUUUUAAGCAUGGUUCUCAUUGAACGCAACACGGAAUAUAAACAUAUUAGUGCACCAGCUUUAUAUAUGUGUAAAUACAGCAUAUGUAUAUCCAUAGAGUUCAUGAUUUCUUUGCUUGUACAAGAAAAAUAAGUUUCCUGUCAAGAAGGGGCUUUCUAAUCGCAAUCAUUGAUCCGCAAGCCUAACAAAAAGAUUGGUUCCUUACUUUUAAGUGGCCAUAAAAGGCCAGUCAAAAGGCCAGUUUGCGACCGCGGCGGUCGAUGACCAACACCUCCUCGAGCGGUCAUUCACACGCACUUUACCUUACCUGCAGUUAAAUCAAGGACGUAUAUUCAAUAUACGUCCUUGGUUAAAUCAACAGAGGAAAGUAAUGGUCCGUGUUGUGUGGCCUUGGGCUUAAGAAACUUCGUUUUUUCUUGCAUAACAGAACGCUUGGAGGACUUACAAGAAGUUAAUGGAAAAUAAUAUCAGACUGCUUGCAAAAUUGUUAGUUAAAAUAUGCGAUACAGAAGACGAUUGUAUACAUUAAGUCUUUUAGUGUCUUAUGAGCCAAAAGUGCUGGGCGUUUCUCCUUAAUAUGUAUUACGUAACUAUACUGAC